AUGGAAGAAGACCAGCAGCAGUUCGUGCACGCUCAGCUCCCCGUGCACUCCUCCUACGACAGGGACAGACUUGAAUAUGAACUCAUCGUCCGCCAAGAGCCCAAGCAAGCCCGCAUGUGCGGCGUAGGCGCCGACCGCCGGCCGAUCGACCCUCCUCCCAUCGUCCAGCUUCGCGUCAUCGAUCCGUCCCAGCGCAGGGCACAUUCCAGCUCGUCCCGCGCCAGCUCUCCCGACGUGUCUUCUGCAGCCCUUGCAUCCCAGAGCUUCCUUCAAAACCCGUACUAUUUCAUGUUUGCGAGUCUUGCUAAGCCAGAUGAGGAUGUCGAGCUGCAUUGGUUGAAAGACGGAAAGACUCGCUGUACUACCGGCUCUGUCGUCUCGUCGUUGUACCACCUCAAGGAUGCGGAGGCAGGCGGGGCGGACGCGGGAUUCUUUGUAUUUCCUGAUGUCAGUGUGCGCACAGAGGGAAGCUAUCGGUUGAAGUUGAGCCUAUACGAGGUCGUCGGCUCGAAUGUCUAUCAUUGCAAGUCCAUUUUCAGCGCGCCCUUCUACGUGUACACGGCGAAGAAAUUCCCUGGGAUGGAAGAGUCGACGCCUCUCUCGUGCUCGUUGGCAGAUCAGGGGAUUAAGAUCCGGAUCCGAAAAGACAUCCGUGUACGCAAGCGGCCUGCGCAGGGUCUGGCGCCAGUGCCCAUCCCUAUUGGGAAUGCACCCGUAGGACCGUUAGGUCCUGUGCCAGUGCCGCUACCGGUAGAAGAUGAAGAGGGUGAACCAUCGCGGGGCGCGCCUCCGCCGCCGCCAGCACAGAUGGGUGCGUUCGGGCCCGUGCCCGUACGACUGCCGGACGAACCUGAGGAGGAAGACGAAGAAGACGAGCGGGAAAGGGAGCGAGAGCGCGAAAGGGAACGGGAGCGUGAUUACGACGAACGGGAAAGAGAGAGGGACCGAGAGAGGGAUCGGGAGAGGGACCGACUUAGAGAGCAGGAGAGGGAGGCGGAUCGGGAGCGGGAGGAGUCGCGCAGGGCGGGCAGGAGAGACAGUGGCAGCACAGCGUCACGGAGGGAUAGUGCGAGCACGGGGGAGCGGGGCACGAAACGCGCGAGGGCGGACGAGCCUCCAGAGGACCUAGACAGCGAGUCGCAUGCCCCUGCGCCGUCUGCCCCGGUCUCUGCAGCCGAGCAUCACUACUCUACGCCUUCACCGUAUGAUCAUCGAUUCUCUACCGCCUCAGCCGCUGCGGCUUCUGCUCCCCCACCCGCGCCUGCGCCCGCACCAACGACAGCGUACCACUACGACCCACACGCGCACAUGCCACCGACACAUCACUAUGCUGCGCAGCCACCUCCGCAUCCUUAUGCGCAUGUACCCCUUCCCAUGGCCAUGCACCACGUUGCCGCGCCAUACGGUCAUACGUAUCCAGUACCUCCACCUCCAGCCACCGCACCCAGCGCACCGACACCUGGGACCGCAUGGCCAGGAUACGAAGCCUAUGGGCAUCACCAACACUACGUUAUCGCGCACCCGGCACACGCGAUACCACGCUAUGAUUACCCUCCGCCCGGCUAUCCUCCUGCGCCGCAGGGAUAUGCAUACUAUGAGCAUAUGCCGCCACCGCCUCCCGCGCAGAGCCACCACGCUCCGAGCGGGCAUACGUCCGCGCCGCCCACGCACCAUCCGUAUCAGCAACAGGUAUCGCAUCAUUCGUACGCACCUCCGCCUCAUCCUCCGUCGCCGCCCUCUCCGCAGGGGUCCAGCAGUCCAACGUAUGAUUACCCCGCACCUAGCACCAAUGCAGCCGGCUCCACCGCCAGUAUGUACGCACGCGCGCCGCCAUCCCCAGCGGAAGACCGCGGACCCCCGGCGCAGCAGGCACUCCCCCAAUCUCAAGUCAGCGCUCGGUACGCGGCGCAGUACCCGCCUCCCGCGAACCACUACGGUGCGCCCGCGUACGGGUCGGCGCCUCCAUCGCAGUAUGGUCACGUGCCGAACCAGGGCCAAGGCGGGCAAAAUCACGGCCAGAGCCAAAGUCAGACGCAGAGCCAAAGCCAGGGUGUGCAGAGCCCCGGCGGGCGCCAUUCGCACGGGCAUUACCAGCUGAGCACGCCACCGCACCACCACGCGGCGGGAUAUCCCGCUCCCCCAGCUAGCGGCACCACCAGCCCGACGAGCGCCGGGAGCGCGGAGGGGACGUGGGCGGGAUCGGGCUCGGCGUAUGCGCACCAUCAGCCGGGCGCGAGUUGGUCGACGCCGAUGCUUGUGCAGGACGCGUAUGGUCAGACGUAUGCGGCGAGGGACCCACAGGGCAUGUCGCGCAUCCAGCUGGCGCCGCUUCGCGCCCCGGGGUCGCCCCCGCCGGGCCCCGCGAGUGCGGGUGUGGAGAGGGGAGUCGGGAAGAAGAAUCCGCUGAGCAUCGGGAAUAUCAUUUCGGAGGAUUCGGGAUGA